UUCACCAGCAUCUGCAGUUCCUACUAUCUCUUGGUCAUCUGACUGAUCUGUUUGAGCUCCUUUUUGUUGUGUUCUUGAAACUUGGUGUAGGAUAGGAUUAUUGAGCUUUGGCAUAUUUUACAUGAGCUGAAAUUUAGAGAGGAUGAAGGACAGAAGGAGAAAACUGCAAUAAUUCAAUUUAGAAGCAAAGAUAGUACAAGUGAAAUGAUUGAAUAAUUAAUCAACUUCUGGUAACUCUAGUUUUGACCAGGUGGGGUUAACUGUCCAUGAACAUAGGCCCAUUCAGCUUAUUAAACCUGCUCCAUAAUCCAAAACAAUGACGGCCAAUUGAACACUUCAAUGCCAGUUACCCACAUUAUCCCCAUACUUGUGCCAAUGGUAAUCGGAAAACUACCAAAAGCUCCUUUCAAUGUACUCAAAAACUGAACUUCUGCAGUCCUCUGUGUGGAGCAUUUCAAAGAUUCACAACUUUGUGAAUAAAAAAAAUUCAUGUCAUCGCAGUCCUGAAUUGCGUCCAACUUAAUUUUAAAUUGUACCCCCUGAUUCUACACUCUGCAACCAGGAGAAACCUCUUACUUGUAUCUACCCUUCUAUCCCUGUACGUAUUUUGUAAAUUUCAAUGAGUUGACCUCUUAUUCUUCAAAAUUUCAGAGAACACAGGUCCAGAUUUUCCAAUCUCUCGCCAUAAGACAGUCCCACCAUCCAGGGAACAAGUCUGAUGAACCUUCGUUGCACUCCCUCUCUGAUGGUGGGCAUGUGGAAGUGAAAUAUUUAAAAGGAUGGAGAAUGAAGCAGCAGGACUCAACCUGUGCUUUACUUUUGGAGUCAUAGCAGACAUUCAGUAUGCUGACGCAGAGAAUGGCUUUAACUAUUCAAGGACGAGGGAACGUUACUAUAGGAACAGCCUCCACUUGCUGCGCAGUGCUAUUGAAGAAUGGAAUGGAGAAGUGAUCACUCCCAGGUUUAUUCUGCAGCUUGGCGACAUCAUUGAUGGAUGCAAUUCACAGCUAAAGUCCUCAGAUCAUGCACUUCAAGUGGUCAUAAAUGAAUUUGCAAAGUCUCUGUCUCCUGUUCACCAUAUCUGGGGAAACCAUGAAUUUUAUAAUUUUAACAGGGAGCAGCUACUUAACUCGGCUCUCAAUAGCAAACACUUGAGAAAUGGCAAGCUCUGUGACAACGGAGACAGCAGCAUUAAAUCUGACUUGGACUCUGAUGAUCCUGAGUCAUUUUACGGCUACCAUUUUAGUCCAUUUCCUAAAUUCCGUUUCAUAUUAACUGACACGUAUGAUCUCAGUGUUCUGGGAAGGAAAAAGGAUAGCAAGAAACAUCACUAUUCACUGCAGAAACUGAAAUCAAACAACAGAAAUGAAAAUCUUAAUAGCCCCAAAGGACUCAAUGGACUGAAUUCACGCUUUCUGGCAUUCAAUGGAGGUUUCAGUCAAGAACAGCUGGAAUGGCUAAACAAGAUACUCACUUUCUCUGAUAAUAACCAGGAAAAAGUUGCCGUCAUUGGUCAUCUUCCUAUCCACCCAGCCUCAACAGAUCCAAUAUGCGUUGCCUGGAACUAUGAUGAAAUCCUCUCACUGUUGCACGCACACACUAGUGUAGUGUGUUUUAUCGCAGGCCAUGAUCACGAUGGUGGUUACUACUUGGAUGAUCACGGAAUUCACCAUCUUACCUUGGAAGGAGUGAUUGAAACACCACCAGAAAGCCAUGCAUUUGGUACCAUUCAUGUGUACGAAGACAGAAUGAUCUUAAAGGGAAGGGGCAGGAUUCCUGAGAGAGUUCUACACUUUGAGAAUCAUAAAUGAAUGAACCUCUGUGUUAUAAUCUUGAGACAUACAGACCUUAAUCACACGAUGCUGUGUACUUUCUAGCUAAAUGUUGCAAUGGAUUUCUCCACUUUAAUAAACAAGCUCAAAUGGCA